UGAUCAGUUCUGGCCUAUGCAAGUCAAAAGACUGUUACUUAAUUCAAUUAUUUUCAUAGCUUACUUACCAUUAGAAACUUAUUGGAAUGGAAAGUAUUGGUAAAUGUUCGUUUGCAUCGAGACGCUGUCUUCAGACAGUAAGGGUGUCAAAGUAGUCUACUUCCAGCAUGGGAUGACCAAUAUUUAAACGGCUGUAAGUAAGCCUGAUACCUUUUAUUUGCCGACAUCUAAAUAUACGGAAGUUCCUCGCCACAAACACCGUACACAUACCGGUGUUUGUGAAUGUCUAACAAAAGGGGGAGCAUUGACAGCUGACGUAAGCUACGGUGCUGUGUUUUUUUCUUUCUGCGGCGCAUCUUCAGUCCAGACUGAGCGAAGUGCGGCGUAUAGCUGUCUCAUCUUCGAACAGAUGAGUGACUGACUUUACCUUCUAGACACCAACGGUUUCACUGUCAUCAUUUUUCACCGUCUGGAAUAGCUGUGUUUGGGUUGGCAACGUCUUUCAGCUUCACCUGCUAUUUUCGUGGCCGGUGAAACUAAUAGCUAAUGGUCGACAAAAAGAAUACGCAACAGCGAGAGUUACCGUUUGCAACAGAACAUCUGGUUGGACAUUUCGAAUAGUUUUUUUUCAGAAGGUUGUUCAUUCGAUGUUCAUUUCUACACCGACUUUCGAUAAGCAAUGACUCGAAUAAACACGAAAUAAACACGGGUGGAAAGAAAUUCAUGGCAUCAUUGAAAUGACAGUACAUCAUAAUACGUUUUUAAGAAAGUGUGGAUAGAGUUCGCCACUUCAGAUAGACGGGUUUUCCUCCAAUGAUGAACAGCAAACCAUCGCCGAGGACUGUUAUUCUUCUUUAUAUAUCGUAUUCCUUCUGUAAAAAAAAAUAGAAAUGUUUUGUUUUUUUAAACCCCGACGAUGUUCCAGGACCAGGACGGGGUCUAGAAAUGGGACAUUAUCCCGACAUCCCUCCAACUCAACCUCAAGGAUAUACUUUACCUUUAUUCUGCUGCUUCUCAUCUUCACACCUAGAGUGGAUUCUUCCUGGUGGUACAUUGGAGCUCUGGGUGCACGAGUGAUCUGUGACAACAUCCCAGGUCUGGUGAACAAGCAGCGCCAGCUGUGCCAGCGCCACCCGGACCUCAUGCAGUCUAUUGGGGAGGGUGCCAAGGAGUGGAUCCGCGAGUGCCAGCACCAGUUCCGCCAUCAUCGCUGGAACUGCAGCACUCUGGAUCGAGAUCACACUGUCUUUGGCAGGGUUAUGCUGCGCAGUAGCCGGGAGGCAGCGUUCGUGUACGCCAUAUCCUCGGCGGGCGUGGUUUAUGCAAUUACCAGGGCAUGCAGCCAGGGGGAGCUCAAGAUCUGCAGCUGCGAUGCCCAGAAGCGGGGUCGAGCUAGCGACGACAGGGGCGACUUUGACUGGGGAGGCUGCAGCGACAACAUCCACUACGGCAUCAACUUUGCCAAGACCUUCGUCGAUGCCAGAGAGAGGAUGGUGAAGGAUGCUCGGGCACUGAUGAAUCUACACAACAACCGCUGUGGGAGAAUGGCAGUAAAGCGCUUCAUGAAACUGGAGUGCAAGUGUCAUGGCGUCAGUGGCUCCUGCGCCCUCAGAACCUGCUGGCUGGCUAUGUCGGACUUCCGGAGGACCGGGGACUAUCUCCGGAAGAAGUACAACACGGCUAUUGAGGUGACCAUGAACCAGGAUGGAACAGGGUUCAUGGUGGCUGACAAGGACUUCCAGGGAACCACCAAGAAUGAGCUGGUGUAUGUAGAAAACUCCCCGGACUACUGCCUUAUGGACCGAGCAGCAGGCUCACUGGGUACGGCGGGGAGAGCCUGUAACAGGUCUUCCAGGGGCACGGACGGCUGCGAGGUCAUGUGUUGCGGACGGGGCUACGACACGAUGCGCGUCAAGCGUGUCACCAAGUGUGAGUGCAAGUUCAAGUGGUGUUGUGCCGUGGAGUGCAAGGACUGCGAGGACACGGUGGACGUUCACACCUGCAAGCCCCACAAGCGACCCGACUGGUUGCACCCAGCUUGACCCUGAGGACCGGCCUUUCAAAAGGACAUUGCAGUAGGCCAACUGCAUUGUGGGAUAUUUAGUCACCCAACUGACUCAUUACCUCUGAAGUGGUUCUUAUUUGACAGCCCCUUCUAAGAGACAUUUAAAGAACAUUUCCAAAGGGGCCCGUAUCCAAACUUUUUUGGGGGGAUACGGGAUGGUGCGUUGCUACAUGGUGCAGCCCUGUAUGAAGGCCUUUAAAGAUGGUGGUUGGACUGGAAGAGCGGGUAGUUGCUAUUUAUGUUUUCGUUUGUUCUUGUUACUUUGGGGGAACACUAUCGCAGGCUUCUUCCAAGGUGCUGAAGAAACAGUAAUUUACUCAGUGUCUAUAGUUGAAAUGCAGACCAGGACAUCAUACUAGAAGCCCAACAGAGAUUCAUUUGGGAUUGUUGGGUUGAGUAUUUGUUGUUGCCCUUAUUUCUUUAGGACUAUGUACGUUUUCUAAACCUGUGACCGCUUUGCUUCGUGUUUUAUUGGAAACACACUAAUGAACGGAAAUCAAACACUGCUUGAGAUGCUGAAUAUGGACAGAAGGACUUCAAUAGUUAGGAAUGUGAACUUUCAGAAAUCCCUACUAGUUAAAACGCAGUGGAAUAUAUGUAGAAGAGGAAGUUGAUUCAACUCUAACAAGGAGCUGUUACCACACACCAGAGAGCUGCACUAUGAACAUUAACGUAGCUAAACAUUGAGUAGAAACAAAUGAAUUUCAGCAAAUGUUUCUAUUAUGUGAGCUGAGUGAAACAACUUUGCCAUCGACUGAGGUGGUUCUUAUGUCCCCCUCUUUUUAGUGUGACAAGAAGCCUUAAAGUAUGUGCUAUCAAUCUAUUAUUAUACAUGUUCCUAAAUGUAAACGGUAUGAUGGACGGUAGCUGUCAUCUCUUGCUUAUUAUUUAUCACUGGUUUCCAAUUACUGAAGCUGCUAGCUGCUAUAUCUCCCAAGUUAUCAUUCUCACCACGGUGCACUUUUAUUUUGCAUCAACACUAUAGUGGUCAGGGUGGCAUUGUAGGCUGUGAGAAACACAGUACUUUGUGAAACAAGGCAAAUAUGUUGCACGACUUAGAGAAGCUGAGAACCAGAUCUGAACAUUCAAGUCAACAUUUAUAAAUGCACAAAGCCCUAGUAGGUGGAAUAUGGCCAGUGGAGACCAAAUAAAGACAUGCAACCCAACAUUAAACGAAAGCAGUGAAAACCCAUGUGAUAUUCAUAACAACAUGUCUAAAACGAUUGGUAAGAUUAAUUGUGUCCGUUUAUGUUAAAGGAUUUCAAUGUUUCUCAUGUAAAUGGUAACUGAUAUAGUGUAAGGCAAGGUUCUUUCCAAGCAGUAAAGAGUCAUUGGCCAAGUUUUACUGCAGUGUUAGUUGAAGUGUAAUUGUCACCUUGAGGCGGAGCCUAAAAUACCACACUUGUUCUAUAUUAAACCUUGUUGAUCCUUCUGUCA